CAUCGUUGAACACAAACAUCAAAAAUGUCUCCCUUCGCUGUCGUGUUCCUCUGCAUCCAAGCUUGCUUGGUACAGUCUGUGUUCAGCCAGUGCACCAGCCGCGCGGCGGUUGCUGACGCCACGUACGCUGGUCCCUAUGGUCUGACCGCUCCUGCCCUGGCUCCUUACGGAUUAGCCGCUCCUUGUGGUCUGGCCUCUGGUUUGACUUCUCCUUUCGGCUUGGCUGGUGCUGGUCUGGCUGGCUCCUACGGAUUGGCUUCUGGUUUGGGUUAUAACGGACUCGCCUACCCUGGCGCUGCCGGUUACGGCUCUGGAGUCGCCGCGUACGGCGGCGCCGGUGAAGGCAACGUGGCGGUCGCUGGUGAGCUGCCAGUCGCCGGUAACACCGCUCUGUAUGGACAGGUGCCCAUCAUGGGUGCUGUGAGAUUCGGUGGUGAUGUGGCUGCUGCUGGUGCCGUGUCUAUCGCUGGUCAAUGCGCUUGCGGCUGCGGUGCUCCUCUCGCUACCCCCGUGUACUGCUGAAAAGCUAUUUCUGUAAUGCGACAAAUAAACGAUUAUGAUUUGAGCAAUU